CUCGUAGUCAGCCAUGUUGUUGGUGUGACACACCGAGCUGUCAGCAACAGGUUCUCAGACUAGAACCGCUGCUAAACUUUAACAUUUCUCCAACAAUUACUGCUUUCUUUGGAUAUCAAACCUCUGCAGUGUGUCUGGGAAACCUCCCAGAAGUGGCGAGUGAUAACUUCAGACCCCUCGAAAGCUCGGAAGUUGAUGUUUUUUGGCCGCGGUGAGAGAGUGACAGCGCUGGCCUGUCUUGGCUGCAGUAUUGACUGAUGACUGGGCUGUGACUGUGUGUUUUGCAGAUGGCUGCAAGCAGUAGCUGAGGACACCACCGGGAGUUCCCCAUCUCUGUCUCCCUCUGCCACCUGCAAAUAUGAAUGGUGGUCUGAGUAUAUGGGCGAUUAGUCCGGAGGAGAGGGACAAGCAUGAUCAGAAGUUUGACACCCUCUCCCCAUCAAUGGGAUAUGUCUCAGGGGAGCAGGCAAGGAAGUUUUUCCUCCAAUCAGGGCUGCCUGCUUCAGUUUUGGCUGAGAUAUGGUCUCUGGCUGAUAUGAAUAAAGAUGGGAAGAUGGACAGGUUGGAGUUUUCCAUCGCUAUGAAGCUCAUAAAGCUAAAACUCCAGGGCACGCCGCUUCCCUCAGCACUGCCAAUCAUCAUGAAGCAGCCUCCAGUGCCUGUUCCCAGCCUCAGUAAACCCACCUCAUCUAUGACCAACCCAGCCUAUGGUAUUGGUUCUGUGCCUAACAUGCCCAUGAUGUCCGGGGCAAACUUUGCCAUGUUGACCCCUAUCUCCAUGGCAACCCCUGGACUCUCACCUUUGACACCAAUGACAGGCCUCACCUCUUUGGUUCCUACAGCAACAGGUCUAAGCCCUCUAAUAGCCUCCAACCCCACCAGGCCCCUGAUGCCCACUAUGGGAAACACCACACUGCCAAACGGCACCAUGGGACUUCUGCAGCCAAUCCCAGCUGGAGCUUUGGCAACUGGCCUACCUCUAUCUGCAUCCACCUUCUCCUCUCCACUAGGACUCUCCUCUUCUCCUGCUGGUUUAUACAAGGCUUCAUCACUGUUGGACCUGGGAUCCAGCAGCUCUGCUUCCUCAUCCCCUUCUGUGAUGUCCCCUAUGGUUGCUGGUCCCAGUGACUGGGCUGUGCCACAUGCCUCUAGACUUAAAUACAGACAGCAGUUCAACAGCCUGGAUAAACAGAUGACUGGAUACCUCACUGGUCAACAGGUGAGAGGUUCCAUGGCAACCACAAUGCUGACUCAGACACAGCUGGCCACCAUCUGGACUUUAGCAGAUGUGGAUAAGGAUGGCAAGCUGAAAGCUGAGGAGUUUAUUCUGGCAAUGCAUCUGGUAGACAUGGCGAAGAUCGGACAACCACUGCCGCUAACACUCCCAACUGAGCUGGUACCACCCUCACAAAGGGGUGCAAUGAAUGGAUCCAGCUCUUCUCUCUAUGCUGCUCUGACUGAUGACUUGGACAUAGAACCUCCACAGAAAGCCAAGACCAACAUGUCAUUUGAGGAUAAAUUCAAAGCCAACCUGGAGCGAGGAAACGCAGAACUGGAGAAAAGACGACUGGCGCUGCGGGAGGCAGAGAGGAGGGAGCAGGAGCGGCGGGCUCAAAAGGAGAGAGAGGACCGAGAGAGGAGAGAGAGGGAGGCUCGGGAGGCUGAGGAGUUCAGGAGGAAAGAAGAGGAGAGGAGGCUUGAGCGACAGAGGGAACUCGAGAGGCAGAAAGAAGAGGAGCGACAGAGAGAGAUAGAGAGAAAAGAGGCUGCACAGCGGGAGCUUGAGCGUCAGAGGAAGGAGGAGUGGGAGAGAAGGAGGCGAGGAGAGCUCCAGAUAAAGAAGGAGCAGGAGCAGGAUGAUAUAAUCAGAUUGAAAGCAAAGAAAAGGAGUCUGGAGAUGGAGCUGGAGGCUGUGGGUAACAAGCAUCGUCAGAUCUCAGAUCGGCUGCGUGACAUUCAGAAUAAGAAGAAGCUGCAGAGGACAGAGCUGGAUCUGAUUAAUCAAAGGAAAGAGACACGCCAACAAGACAUUAACAACCUGCACAAACAGCUAGAGGAGUUCCAGAGGAAGUUGUCCCAGUUGACUCCGGAGCAGAAGAGGCUGACAGAGAAACUCAAAAGCAUGACUCUGAAUAACCUGCCUGUGGCGACCAUGUCCACCCUGAAGGUGGGUGUUUCAGAGAAAAAGGGGACAUGUAUGAAACUGCAAGAGCAGCUGGAAGCUCUUGAGAAAGAUACUGCUGCCAAACUGGCUGAGAUGGACCAGUACAACAAAGACAUGCAGGAGCUGAGAGAGAGCCAGAGAAAGCAGCAGGCAGCAUUAGAGAAACUACGGAACAUCAAAGAGGACAAACGGCGUGAACUGAUUCGAAGGAAGGAGCAGGAAGAGGAGAGGAAGAGGAGAGAAGAGGAGAAGACACGACAGGAGGAGGAGAGGAGGCGGAAGGAGGAGGAGGAAGCUCAGAGGCGUAUUAAAAUGGAAAAGGAGCGCCAAUGGCAGGAGAAGCUGAGAAGAGAUGAAGAGGAGCGUCAGAGGAGGCUUCAGGAGGAGAGAGAGGCCAAACAGAGGGAGGAGGAAGAGAGAGAGAGACAGGCUCUGAUCCAGGCUGCCAAGGAGCAGGCUGAGCGAGAGCUCAGAGCAAAGGAGGAGGCAGAGCGAAAGAGAAGAGAGGAGGAGAGGAAGAAAAGAGAAGAAGAGGAGGAGCGUCAGAGGCAGUCAGAGAAACGGAGGCAGGAGGAGGAGAGGAGAAAGCUGGAGGAGGAGAGGAGGCAGCUAGAGGAAGAGAGGAGGAAACUGGAGGAGGAGCGGAAGAAAGAGGAGAAAAGAAGGAAAGAAGAAGAGGAGCGGCGCCGGAGGGAGGAGGAGAGAAGAGAGGUGGAGCGCAGGAGGGAGAGGGAGGAGGAGGAGUGCAGAAGACAGAGGGCGGCCGAGGCUGCUGUCCGAGAUGCGGAGGAGAGGAGAAAGCGAGAGGAGGAGGACAGGAGGAAGAGGGAUGAAGAGAGGAGAAGGCUUCAGCAGCAGCAGCUGGAGGAGGAGAGGAGGAAGCGUGAGGAGGAAAGAAAGAGGGCAGAAGAGGAGAGGAAGAGAAAAGAGGAGGAAGAGGGGAGGAGGAAAGCCGAGGAGGAGAGAAAGAGGAAGGAGGAGACAGCUCGUCAGCAGCAGCACCUGGGUGGAGGAGGGAAGCUGGAUAUUCAGGAGAAACUAACGUCUCUGCUGAGAGGACUGGAGGAGAGGAAGGGUGGACAACCCAGGGCCACACAACACAGGAAGUCAGCUGCUCUCACAUCCUUCAAAGCGCUCUACCCGUUCACUGCACGAAACAACGAAGAGCUCAGCUUCAAUGCGGAUGAUAUCAUUGAGGUUGAUGAGACGACAGAGCGGGAGGAAGGUUGGCUGUAUGGCAGCAAACAAGGGAAGAUGGGCUGGUUCCCAGAGAGCUACGUCGAGAGAAUGGCCCCAUCAGACACUGCUAACAGUAAUACUGCUGCCGCUGCUGCCACCGCUCCUAAAGUGCCGCUCCAGUCACAGCUUUCCAGUGUCCUUGAGGCUGCCAAGGCAGCAGGCACAAAGUCUGCCUUUACACCAACACACUCUCCAAACCUUGCCACCUUGGAGACACAAGGACAGCAGGUGGUUGGUAACCUGCUCGCCCAGGCCCUGUGUUCAUGGACAGCGAAGACAGACAACCAUCUGAACUUUAAUAAGGACGAUGUCAUUCAGGUGCUGGAGCAGCAGGAGAACUGGUGGCUGGGAGAGUUGAACGGUGAACAGGGCUGGUUCCCCAAGACAUAUGUGACGCUGCUGGGAGAAGAAGAAAGUUCAGACAGGAAGAGUUCCCCUCCUGAUGCGUCAGAGUCCAGCGACAACCUGCAGCUUGAAGAAUACGUGGCGUUGUACACUUAUGAGUCUCCAGAACCUGGUGAUCUGACGUUUAGAGAGGGAGAUGUGAUCUUGGUGAGCAAGAGAGAGGGAGAGUGGUGGCACGGCUCUAUAGGUGAUCGCACAGGCCUCUUCCCCAACAACUACAUCACACCCAAAGAGACGGAUACAUCAAGCAUAUCUGGAAAGAAGAAGCCAGAGAUUGGCCAGGUGAUCAGGGCCCACUCCUCUAGCAGACCUGAGCAGCUAAACCUGGAAAAUGGCCAGCUCGUCCUCAUCCUCAGCAAGAACGCCUCUGGCUGGUGGCUUGGAGAACUGCAGGCCCGUGGUAAAAAGCGACAGAAGGGCUGGUUCCCUGCUUCUCAUGUCAAAAUAUUAGGAUCCAACAGCGGCAAGUCCACACCAGCACUCCAGCCAGUCUGUCAGGUGAUCGCCAUAUACGACUACACCGCCUCCAAUAAGGAUGAGAUGAGCUUCUCCAAAGGUCAGCUGAUCAACGUUCUAGACAAGAACGACCCUGAUUGGUGGAGAGGAGAGAUCAAUGGCGUCACUGGCCUGUUCCCAAUCAAUUACGUUACGAUGACCACAGCAGAGUGCGACCCCAGCCAGCAGUGGUGUGCAGACCUGAACAGCCUGGACACACUGAGCCCCCAGGAGAAGAAGAGACAGGGUUACAUCCAUGAGCUGAUACAGACUGAGGAGAGAUACAUGGAUGACUUGAAUAUAGUGCUAGAGGUUUUCCAAAGGCCUAUGUCAGAGUCGGGCCGUCUGAAUGAUGCAGAGAUGGCCAUGAUCUUUGUCAACUGGAAGGAACUGCUGGCCUGCAAUACUAAACUUCUCAAGGCACUACGUGUUCGUAAGAAGACGGGCGGGGAGAACAUGCCGGUGCAGAUGAUUGGAGAUAUCCUGGCAGCAGAGCUGUCCCACAUGCAGCCUUACAUUCGCUUCUGCUCCUGCCAGAUCAACGGGGCCACACUGCUCCAGACUCGCACUGACAACGAGCCAGACUUCAAGAAUUUCCUCAAGAAAAUUGCCACGGACUACAGAUGUAAGGGCAUGCCGCUGUCCAGCUUCUUGCUGAAACCCAUGCAGAGGAUCACACGCUACCCACUGCACAUCAAAAACAUUCUGGAGUGCACUGCAGAGGGCCAUGCUGACCGAGGACCUUUGAAAGAGGCUCUGGAGAGGGCGGAGGAACUCUGUCAACAGGUUAACGAGGGUGUGAGAGAGAAGGAGAACUCUGACAGACUGGAAUGGAUUCAGAAUCACGUACAGUGUGAUGGUGCUGCAGAGCACUUGGUCUUUAACUCUCUUACCAACUGUUUGGGCCCCAGGAAGUUGCUCCACAGUGGGAAGAUGCACAAGGCAAAGAGCAACAAGGAACUGUGGGCUUUCCUCUUUAACGACUUCCUGCUUCUGACUCAUGCGUCUAAACAGUUCACCUCUUCUGGACCCGAUAAACUGUUCAGCAACAAGAACAAUGUUCAGCUCAAGAUGUACAAACCACCUGUGCUGUUAAAUGAAGUUCUGGUGAAGCUGCCAGAUCCCUCCAGUGAUGAGCCCAUUUUCCACAUCUCACACAUUGACAGAGUCUACGUACUCAGGACCGACAACAUCAAUGAACGGACGGCGUGGGUUCAGAAGAUAAAGGCUGCGUCUGAAGAAUUUAUUGAGAAAGAAAAGAAAAAAAGGGAAAAAGCCUAUCAAGCUCGAUCUGUGAAGGCUACUGGAAUCGGCAGACUCCUUGUCACCAUCUUAGAAGCCACUGAGCUCAAGGCGGGAAAACCCAAUGGUAAAAGUAACCCUUACUGUGAAGUGACCAUGGGAGCUCAGAUGUUCACGUCAAGAACGCUAAAUGACACUCUGAAUCCCAAGUGGAACUUCAACUGUCAGUUUCACAUCAAAGACCUCUACCAGGACGUCCUCUGCAUCGCCAUCUUUGAAAGAGACCAGUUUUCACCUGAUGACUUCCUGGGUCGGACGGAGGUUCCCGUAGCAACCAUAAAGAAAGAGUUGGAGAACAAAGGACCAGUGACACGACGUCUUCUGCUGCAUGAGGUUCCUACAGGGGAAGUGUGGGUCCGGCUCGACCUGCAGCUCUUCAGUGGCAAAUAGACAUGUAGGAUGAACUGAAAUAAGAAACCGCAUCUUCUACCGAGACAUCCAAAUAAGGAUAACUAACCAAAUAAGCUGCUUUUUGUCACAUAAACAAACUCGGAUGGUU